AUGAUCUCAAUAUCAACAUCCACCCUCCCCACCAUCACCCGCUCCACCUUCAUCAACAGUACUUUUACCGAUCUCACCCCUUCCGACACCAUCACCCGCAGCGACCUCCGCGACGUAACCAUCACCUGCUCCGGCAGUGCCAAAACCCCCACCAGCCUCCUCCGCUCCGCCCUAACAUCCUGCAUCGUCAAGCACUCAUCCACUUACCGCUCCAAGCUAAAACACACCACCCUCACUAACGCCAUUGUUUCCCGCACCGAAGCCACGCAUACCUCCUUCGACAUCUACACCUAUUCGCACCGGAGCACCCUCUCCAACGCAAUUCUCCGCGAUCGCGCCUCUGUCAAGCGCAGCAAGGUGAAAGAUGUUAGUUUGUUGGGCGGGAGCUCUCUCUGGCGGAGUAAUGUGUCCAGGUGCAUGAUUUCGGAUGAGUGUCGGGUGCAGCGGUGCAAAUUGGUGAAUUGUGAUGUGUUGUAUUGUGUGCUGGUGAGGACGGAUCUGGAGGGGAUGGUGGUUAGGAAUGGGGUUUGGAAGGAUGGGGUGUUGGUGGGAAGGGUUAGGGAGGGGGAGGAGGUGGUGGUGUUGAAGAAGGGGGGUCAGGGGGUACAGAUUCCUGUUGAUGAGAAGAAGUUGGAUAGUAAGGGUAUGAAGUACUGGUUGGAGGAGGAGGGUUCGGACGAAGAGGGAGAGAGGGAGAUGUCGCCGCCGCCGGCGUAUACGGCGUAG